AUGGAAGAAGACAGUCAGUUGGAAAAACCAGCGGUGUCUGCUUUUUUCAGGCACAGGAGCCCUACUUUCAGUAAGGAAGAAGUUAAAGCACUGCUUAAAAUAGUUGAGAAACAUAAAGCAAUAGUGUUUAAUAGAUCGACAAGUGCAUCUGCCAGUUAUGCAAAAGAAACUGCUUGGAUAAAAAUAGCAAAAAUAUUUAACAGGCAAGGUUUUACACAUUCAAGAAGUGCUGAUUGUUUGAAAAUAAAAUGGGAUAACUUGAAGAAAGAGGCUAGAAAACUAUCAAAAAAUUUGAUGGAUGACAAGUACAAUGAUGUUGAUGAUGUGACUAAUCAGAUGAUAGUUAUGAUGUGUGAUGCUGCAAGCAACACAAAUGUUGUUGAGGAACCUAUUGAAUCUGACGAAGAUUUAAAUGAAACUGAACAGGAGAAAGAAAUAACAAAUGAAAAAGUUUGGAAUGGUGAUGAAGGAAAGGAUUUUGAUGAUAGUCUAGAUGGUGGCGAAAAUGAAAGGCUUGUGAAUCGUUCACUGAAUUUUUCACCCAAAGAGUGCAAUCUCCUUCUUCAAUGUGUUAAAAGAGAAAAAAAUAUCAUAUUAUCUAAAGAUAACUCAGCGAAUGCUAAUAAAGUUAAGAGCAGAGCUUGGAUAAGGAUAACGAAUUCAUAUAAUAAACUAAGCCCUCAGAAACGGUCGACAAAGGUGUUAAGGACGAAAUUUACUAACAUGAAGAGAUUAGCUAAAAACGUCAGCUUAAAAGAUUAUUUCAAAGAUUUUAAUAAGAAACAUGAGAAAUUUGAAGAAGGCAGCAAACAAAGAGAAUCUAUUAAAUCGGAGCCAAUUUUUGACCAGUAUCGAAGUAGUCUGGACGCAGACGAUGUGGACAAUCUUAACGAGACUGAUUUAGAAUUAAAUAAUCACGUUAGUUCUUCGCUAGACCCAUUGCGUAGCGUUCUAAACAGUGAUUUUGGUACAGGUGCUAUAAACAACGUGGAAAGCAAAGAGAUUGUGAAAUUAAAAACAGAGCUAUUACACUUUAAAAUGGAAACAGCUAAGUUACAAAGAAAACGAAUAGAAGACUUAAUACAAGCCGAUGCAGUAAAUCGCGAAGCUAAAGCAACAGAGACAUCGCUAAGACUUCGAGCUGCGAGGUUAGAAGCAGUUGCUGCAGAAAUGAAACUACCUCCAACGCAUCCCGCUUUGUCAUAUACCGCGGAAGAGGCGCGUGCGCAACAUUACAUACACCAAUACCAUGCUAGUUGA